AUGUUACCGCUUUAUCUUCUAACUAAUGCAAAGGGUCAACAGAUGAGUAUAGAAUUGAAAAAUGGUGAAAUCGUCGAGGGUGAAUUGAUUAAUGUCGAUAACUGGAUGAAUGUUACUUUAUCGAAUGCCUCACAAUUUGAUAAUAUCGGUACUACUGUAAGUGUUGGCCCAUCCAAAGAAGUUGUAAAAGCAAAAGAGGUGUACAUUAGAGGUACCUAUAUCAAAUAUAUCAGAUUACAAGAUGAAAUAAUUGACCAGGUAAAGCAACAGAUCAACAACAAUAGUAAUUCGAAUAAUAACUAUGGUAGUGGAAGCUAUAGAGGUAGAAGAAGCGGAUUUAACUCUCCAGGCGGUGGUAGCGCGAACUAUAACAGAAGAAAUAAUCCAAAUGCUGGUGGUAGAAGAAAUUUCAACAAUAAUUCAAAUGGACAACGUCGACCAUUUAAUAAUCAAACAAGACCAAGUACAAAUGGUAUGGGAGGUUAUGUGCAACAGCAUCAACAAAGAGAUGUGGAAUUUUGA